GCCACGAAAAACAACCCCAUUCGCAAUCUCGCUACUUAUCUCUGUUCGUCUCUAGUACUAGAUAGUUUUAGCGCAGUGUAGCGCGAUUCGAAUUUUUUUACUAGGAGCACGUAGUAAAGGAACUUUAAAUAUUAACGACGGAAAAGAAGAAUAAAUCAUACGGUUCUUUGUUGUGUAAUCUAUAUCACAAUCUUUUUUGCCGCAUUUAUUUCUGGAAUUAACGUAUAACUAUAAUCCUUCUGCUUAUAAAGAAAUAAAUGAAUGUGUAGUGCGCCCUAAUGCUCGUGUAUUAGAUCAUGUUCGCGUUAUUACAGUUCACCGAUAAUACAUAUCACAUAUGCAAAUCGGGAGAUUUAAGUACUCAAUGUGUGGAUGGGAAACAUCUUUAUUCUUUAAAAUAUGAUAAAAAGAAAAGACAUGAAGCCCGGCUUGUGGUUUACGACGAAAGUGCUAUACUCCUGAAUAGAAUGAAGAAGAAUCUUGAAUCCAAUGUCCAUGACAAAGAAAUUGAUACAAUUAAAUCCCAAGAAACUUCAGUUGAAAUAGGUAAUCUGAACGCGAGUAGGCACCAACCUGUUCAAUUAGAAAAUGCAGCCAUCACUGACAUCAACGGUUCUCAGACACAUGCAUUGUUGGAAGCGAAAUUGGAACUCUCUGUGGAUCUUGGAAAUGGCAUUGAAACCGAAUUAACAAGUUUUUCCGUUUGUAAAGUGGAAAAUCUUAAUAUUUCUGGGGACUCUUUAACUGAUGAUGUUCAUAUCGCAACGCCGUUGGAAUUAAGCAAUGAUUUAGAUAGUUCUGAUAACACGUAUAUUAUAUCUCCCAUGGUUGGAUCGAAAAAUGAUUACCUUCAACUGUCAUAUGUGAGUUUACAUGGAGACGAUCAUGAAUCUUCUCAUAUUGAAACCCUGAGCAAAAAUUCUUCAGCCAACAAAUUGGGUACAUCUAAUGACUUGCACGUGUCUCUCAUAGAAAAAGGUCAAACUGUUCCUGAUGACAUGAAUUUAGAGGUAGAACAUUCCUCGCAGCGUUCGAAAAGAUAUUUUUGCUGUUACUGUAAAAAAACCCAGACUAAAUUUGCUCGUCAUUUAGAGUUAAUCCAUAGUCAAGAACAAGAGGUACAAUGUUUUCUUCAGCUUCCGGUAAACGACUUUGAAAGAAAAAGUAUCAUUGCAAAGCUAAGAAAAAAAAGCAUCCAUGAGUUCAACACCAAUAGCCAAUACAAUACGGGAGAACUGAUGGUAUGCAGGCGCCCAAACGAAGGAUUAAAAAAAAAGAGCUAUUGAUUUCACUGUCUGCGCAUACUGCAAAGGAUAUUAUGCCAAAUCCGUAUUCAGACAUCAUUUCCGAAAGUGCUCUAAGCUUAGUAGCGAAAAUAAUAGAAUAGGAAUGGUUAAAGGUCGUGAAGUUGCUGGACGGGUUCAUGAAAAGGCUAGUAUGUCUGUAAAGAAAUAUAUAAUCUCGUACAUGCGAGAGGAUAAUAUAUUCUAUGAAAUCCGAUUUAAUGAAUUAUUGACUUUGUUUGCUAAUAAAGAAUGCGAAAGAUACGGUAUUCAGCACCAUUAAUACCAAAUGAUUCGUUCAUAUUUACGGUACCUUGGUCGUUUUUUAGUAGCUAUGAAAAAAAUCAACUCAAAAAUCACCACUUUUUCAUCAAUUUAUCGACCAAAAUUGUAUGAUGACUGCAUACUAGCAGUCAAACAUGUUGCUGCGUUUAACGAUAGCACACACGUAUAUGGAAAUCCAUCGGUUGCUAUAUCUUUGGGCAUUCUCUUGAAAAAAGUUGCUGAAAUAUACCGUUCUGUCUGUAUAAAAAAUGGAAGAGAUGAAGAAUUAAAACUCUUACAAGAUUUUAUCUUUUUACAAAACGAAGAUUUUGGCAUAAACGUCAAUAAAGUUGCAAAUGAAUCAUUGGAGCAACAGAAAUGGCAAAAGGAAGGUCCCUUCAUGGAUGAUAUUUCGAAGUUACAUGACUAUGUCACACACAAGCGAAGAUCUGCUUUUCAAAAUCUGAAGGAAAAGUUCUUCUACUGUGCCUGGUGUGCCCUCGCGGAAGCAACUCUUUUAUCCAUUCAACUGUUUAAUAAAAGAAGCCCUGAGGAAAUCGAAAGGAUAUUAUUGGAUGAUUUUCAUACCUGUGAAAAGAUACACACUGACUCCAAGAACCCUAUUUUCAAAUCACUUUCGAAGGAGUGUCAAAAUGUGGUGAACGCAUGUGCACGAUGUAUGAUUCGUUAUGUGAAAGGUCGUCAAAUACAUAUCCUUUUGAGCUUCGACAUAUUGCAGUGUGCUAAGCUUGUGGAGACAUGUCGAAGUAAGGUCAAUGUACCACCGACCAAUCCAUAUCUCUUUGGAGUACCUAGUAACGAUGAAAAUAGUCCUAGAUGUCCUAGUUACGACAAUUUGCUGAAGAUAGCGGCGUUAAAUCACCAACACUGUUGAGCGGAACAGAAUUGCGGAAGCAUAUUACCAAAAAAUGGAGGCAUUUUGAUUUGUCAGUAAAUGUACAGCAGCAAGGUUGUUUGAGAGAUAUUUUGGUAUUAUCAAAAAUUUUAGAAAUAGCUCAAGGUACACAUAGAAAUACAACGGAAGAUAACGGUUUCAACUGUGGCGACCAUUCAGUGAUGAAUUCAGUGCCCGAUAAACAUAUCGCUGACACUCCUAAUGAAUCUUCAAGUAGUGCUACUGAACAACCUUCCUCUAAACACGCUAGAAUUGCAAACAAUGUCUCAACAGUGAAGGAGGAGGAACAUGAAGAGGAAGAGAUGCCAUCAAAAAGAAGAUUCUCGUUUGGACACUCAUCGCACUUAAACCAAGAAGAGCCGCCUUGCUAUGGACGAAACAAAGCGGGAUGAUCUAAAAAUGUUGUCAAUAACUGUUUAACAGACGCAAAAAAUGACAAAUUGGAUUCGACCCGUAUUUCACUAUCUCCAGAAUCCAAUAGAUGGCGGUAGCUGUUCAUUGCAGUUAGAGUCCCUCUAGUACGAAUCACUGGAGAUAAAUGGAAGAAAAGCGAGAUCAGGAUAAUCUACGUAAGACGUCACAGAGAUAUCUGUCGAGUGACAUCCAAUAGGCAUGUCUUCGACCGACGUCGUCCUGUCCGAAGCCACCGAGAA